AUGCUUCGCUCGAUGAAGUUAAAGUCUCUGAACCCUCACAUCACUUGUGUACUGUGUGGAGGAUAUCUCGUGGAUGCUACUACCAUCAUUGAGUGUUUACACUCCUUCUGCAGAAGUUGUAUUAUCUGUUGGCUCGAGAGAAGAAGCUUUCAUUGUCCUGUGUGUGAAACAGAAAUCCAUAAAACAAGACCGUUUCUUAACAUCAGACCUGAUCGCGUUCUUCAAGAUGUUGUCUACAAACUUGUGCCAGGCUUGUAUCAUGACGAGGUUCAUCGCCGUAAAAAGUUCGAAGAAGAAUUUGAAAAAGUAGAAAAAGAGCGCAGAGGAGAAGUAGUUGAACAAGAAACAUACGAAGAAGAGAGUAGAGAUCAAAAGAAAGGGUCAGAUGUGAUAGAUGACCCAGUGUGCAUUACACUCGAAUUUCAUGGGCGCAAGAGAAACAGGGACGAGAAACAGAUAUUCCCAACACGUUAUCUGCGCUGUUCAUCAAAGCUGCCCGUCGAUUUACUCAAGAAAUUCGUUACCAUGAAAUUSGGCAUCCCACAAGAUACGCAUUCUGUUGAGAUCGUACGCUGUGAUGAAAUACUGAGUGAUCACCUGACGAUGAAAGAACUCUGGAGAAUAUAUGGAUUACAUACCAAGACCUUCAUCGAUCUACAGUACAUCAUUAUCGAUAAAAAGAUUGACACUCAAAUAGAAGAACUGCCUAAACGAAUCCCUGUGAUAAAGAUCAAAAAAAGACGAAGGAGAAAACAGAAAUCUAUCUCAAGCAACGAUGGCACGAGUAUUGCACCGAUAAAACGAAAACGUCAAAGACGAAUAGGAAGAAUAUGUAAGAAGAUUGGUUUGUCAGAAACCACAGAUACUUCUCUUACCGCUUUGAAAUCAAUAGACGAACAAAAUAGUGAUCAGCCUCACAACACACCAUCUUCUACUCCUCAGCUUGCAGGAACUGCUGGUCAGCCGUUAUCGAGUAACGCGCAUGCUCAGCAGGAAAAUAAAAACGAAUCAGUUCCUGAAUCAGUGAAACAAAAUGACAAUAUUAAGAUGGACACUUUUGUGUGUCCUGUCACCCCAGAAAGUGACACUGAUCACACCGUGCCUCCAUUACACACAAAACAAGAACAAGUAGAUGUCUCUACAAGGUAGUACAUAUCCUCGUCGGAAUAGAUAAUUAGUAUUGUAUAUAGAUUUGUAUACACUAAAUUGAAGAAUCGUUGUCGGGUUCAGAAACAUAGAACAGAAAAGCUGAGACCGAAAUGGCACAUGGGAAAUGACAUAAUUAUAUUAUAGUUUAUUCAUUUGCGCCAUCCAUGCAGUCGGUUUAGAAUGCCAAACGCGUAUCAGAAGACCUGCGUUUGAGAGCCGUUUGGCUUCGCAUUUUUAACAAAUACGUCUUCAAGUCAAUGACUGUUUUAGUACCUUCAGCACAACGUUAACAACCUCCAUGGUUUUAAAAACAGUGGAUGCUGCCACGGGUCGCCGGUCACAGCUUGCAUCUAAUUAACAUACUUCCCAUGUGCCAUUUCGGUCUCAGCUUCUAUGUUCUAUGUUUCUGAACCCGACAACGAUUCUUUAAUUGAGUAUAGAAUUCAAUUGACAUGUGAGUCAAUAAAAAUGUUUUGAUUUUAAAA